CGGGAAAUCGUGUCGCUUUGUGUUAAUCUUGCAACCCGUGCAGAUUUCACGCAAUAAUCUACUCAAAUAUCACCAGAAUACCCCAUAUUGAGUAUCCGGGAAGUUUUCGACGUCCGCAACUUACAAUAGACCAUGUUACCUCCAACCAGAGUCCAGAUCAAGAGGAAGGCCACUGAGGAUCCUGUGGAGAUUUUGCGUGUGCACGAUGAACUUGCCAGGGGUCGAAAUGCUGGCCAGUUUAUAUUCAAGCGACAACGAAUCGUCCAGGGCUCGCGACCAAAUGCAUUCACCGUCGCGGACUCUGCGGGAUAUACAUCUGCUCUAGAAAAUGGCCCGAGAGCACCACAGGUUAAAACCAGCCAACCAGGGGAUGAAUUUAGAGACCAGCCGGGCCGAAACCUGAGCAACACCCAGCCUGCUGUCCCUCCGGAGACGCGGCACGUUACAAUGAGACAGGAUGAAGUUGGAGCUGUGCCACCCGCGAAUAAUAGAGGGGCUCCGGACGUAGCACGAUUACCUCGAGUAAUUGCGGAACCCCGUCGCUUCCACCUGUCUCGAAAACUGGUGCAUGGGGCGGGAAAUAAUAAUGUUGAGCGUGCAAAUGCAAGGAGAACACCUGGCAAGACAAAUAUCGCGGUGUUUCGCGAACGCAAGGUUAUUCCUGCAGCGGAGACCGGACCGCCUACGGAAACGAAACCCCCCGCCCCUUUGGAUGUAUCUAGGACGGAACCGCAAAACCGCAUGACGAGCCAGGAGCCUGUCAAAAGAGAUCGAAACUCACCCGCUCCUCUCCGAGGUGCAAGGCUGCCAUCUGGGGAUAUAAUACCGUGGGAUGCUAGUACGGAGAGACUUAAUAUGGAAAUGCAAGCCUACACGCUUAGAGAAAUCAGAAAGAACCUUGCCGACAGCAAUGAGCCUCAAGUUACGGUACCGCUAAAGCCAGAACCCGAGGCCCCAAAAGUCCUGCAAGUAGAUUCAAGCCGAGGGCAGGUGCAGGGAACUGAAGCGGACAGCGACAUGCAAGCUAUGGAUGUGGACGACGAUGACUCAAAUUAUAUCAUCGAGACGUACAUACGCAUGCCAGUGGAACAGGCUCUCCUCGAAUCAAAUGAGACGAGCAUUGGCUUGCUGGUUUUGGAUUCCCAGCCGGACAUUGAUCAGUUUUACAACGGCGACUCGGACAGGGAUAGUGAUACGUACGACGAGGAAGAAGACGAAAAUGCGGAGAAUCACCCUUCAACGGAUUAUCCGGAUGAGGAGUACAGUCUGAUGAUGAAAUACGACGAGGAUGAUGCUACGUUUAGCGAUGAUGAGCGUGAAGCCAAGAAAGAGCCAUGGUCCCGCCGCCCGUGGAUGCAGGCCUACUCUGGCAAGAGUGACAGGAACGACGAGGAAAGGGAAUCAUCUUGA